CAGCCAUCAGGAGCCCAGUGCUGUGUAGCAACUUGGAACUUCCCAAGGAAGUUAUAGGGUAUCCUUUUCCCUUCGCAGUUCGCAUAAAGCUUUCCAAGCAGAUCAGUGACAGUCAAGUAAGAAAACUUGGGAAAUGGCUUCUCGUCGCUUCACUGUUUUUACGCUACUUGUUUUGGCGGCAUUCUUCUUUUUGCAGGUUCUCGCUGUAAACGAUCUCGAUUAUAUGAGGAUCAAAGCCAAACCAUCGGCCUCGCCAUUUGAAUUAGCUCUUGAACUGCUACAGAAAAAGAUCAACUAUACUUUCCUCAAGAUUGAUCUUCUCCGCCGUGCAAUGACCCAUCCCUCAUUUUCCGAAGAGAACAACAAGGCAUUGAGCAUUCUUGGUGUCAAUGUCAUCAACACGUUUGUCUCUAUGAUUUCCCUCCGCAAAGACAUUGAUAUAUCUCCCAAGGAACUCAACCGCCUUAUAUCUGAGAUAUCCAAAGUGGAAACUUCAUGUGCGGCUGAUGGGAUGCGGCUGGGGCUACACAAGAUGGUUAGAAUUUCUCCCAAGACUAAUGCAACGGCUCCCUCAGUGGUCUGUGGUGCUUUCAGGGCAAUAUUUGGUGCUGUUGCUAUCGAUUCUGGAAAGUCAGAUGAUGCUGGAAGUAUUUUCUGGGGUGUUCAUACUGGUGAGGCUAGAACAGCCCUUCCCUUAAAAGUAGAAAUAAUAUUCAUGAAGGAACAGAAUACAGACCGUAACAGAGCCAACAACUGAGGAGGAGGUUUGGAGGCCCAACCCGAAUCAAGAAGGCUCCCAAUCUCACAUUGUUUGCCACCCAAUUUGGUAUCUGUUAGCAAAUCUGUUGACAUGGCCAAUUUCAAACAAAGGAUAGCUGUAAAAAUAGCUCUUAGCAUCUUGAAUAAUCUGUUAACGGACUCUUUGCAGUUGUUAUCCAACCCAAGUUUUAUUUAUUUAUUUAUUUAUUUUAUACAUGGAUUUCGAACUCAA